CGUGCGCACUGCCUCCCGCUUCCACGCUCUCCCUCUCUACUGUUGAGUGCAUAAGAGCGGUUUCCUCUGCAGACCACUUUGCAAAGCUCCGUGCAACAAGUUUGCAGGAGCAGCAGCGGCACGCCGUCACGCAGGUUGACUUCCCUCGGCUGGAGCUUGAGCGGCGCUCCACUCAUCCAUCUGUCGCUGUCACCACAAAGUCACCGUACGUGAACGCGGCGUUGCAGGCGCACACACGCACGCUCGCUCACUCACUCACACAGAGCAGAGUGCCAUAAAUUGGUGACUCCGCGCCAGAUGCGGUUUGCUCUCAGCAGCGCGUGGAGUUGUUAGUUAAAUGGAGAACGCAGUGGCGAGAGGAGCAUCUAAGUGCAUGGAAAAAAUGGAGAAAGAAGUGUCGCCCCGGCAGAAGCGACACUACUGCCGCACGACUGCGCUGAACGUCUUCUCCUCGUUUUGCUCCGUGGCGUCCGUCGCCUUCUGCAUUUUCCUGAGCAUUAGCGGAGCUGACAUCAAGAACCGAGUUGUGGAUUUGGAGAGUGCCAAAGGCGAGCACACCUUCACCCGUGCCCCCGGCUACUCCGUGGAGGAUUUCAAUUCACUGAUAGAGGAAAGAGUGGACGAGCUGCUCUCUCAGCGCUCCUAUGAGAAUUUCGUCAAGAUUCGGACAGCCAGACAAACAUCACCUGAAUGCAAUUGCCCUCCAGGACCUCCGGGAAAGCGGGGAAGAAGAGGCCGUAAUGGAGACCCUGGACCUCCUGGCCCUCCUGGUCCAAAGGGUGAAAAGGGGGAUCAAGGCGACCAGGGACCACGGAUGGUCUUCCCUAAGAUCAAUCAUGGCUUUCUUUCCGCUGACCAGCAGCUCAUAAAGCGACGGCUCAUUAAGGGAGAUCAGGGGCAAGCAGGGCCACCUGGGCCCCCGGGGCCACCGGGCCCUCCUGGACCGAGGGGGCCUCCAGGAGACACUGGUAAGGAUGGGCCCAGAGGUGUGCCUGGUCUACCGGGUGAUCCAGGACAGCCUGGGGAAACGGGACCCCUGGGACCUGAGGGGCCGCAAGGGCCGAAGGGUUCACUCGGGCCUCCUGGCAUCCCCGGUGUUGAUGGACUGAAGGGGGAUGUUGGCAUCCCAGGACUGGACGGUGUUCCAGGAGCCAAGGGUGAAAUGGGAGAACGAGGUGAAAAGGGUGAUUUGGGUGAGGAGGGACCGAAAGGUGAACCGGGAGAGAAGGGAGAUGCAGGCUCCUCUGCAGCAGGCAUCAAGGGUGAACCUGGAGAGCCUGGAAGAAGUGGACUAAAGGGAGAGCCAGGACUUCCAGGGCUGCCUGGACUACCAGGGAUAAAGGGUGAGCCCGGGUUUCUCGGUCCCCAGGGUGAGCCUGGGCUUCCAGGACUCCCAGGAACUAAGGGUGAGAAAGGUGACCACGGACCACCAGGGAAGGGGGAACGAGGAGAGACGGGACCCGCUGGACCAAAGGGUUCACAAGGAGAGGCUGGCACACCUGGCCCUAAAGGGUCAAAGGGCGAGGGUGGAGAUAAAGGAGACUUGGGGCUCAUUGGACCAAGGGGCCCACCUGGGCAGAAAGGAGAACAAGGUGCCACCGAAAUCAUCGACUACAACGGAAACAUUCAGGAAGCUUUACAGAAGAUUACCACAAUUACAGUUACGGGUCCCCCUGGGCCUCCUGGGCCAACGGGACCACCAGGCAUAAAGGGGGAUCGCGGUCUGCCUGGUCUUCCUGGACUUGAUGGAGAAAGAGGAUACAAAGGCUCUAAAGGAGACAUGGGAAUGCCCGGAGCUUCAGGGGAGAAAGGAGCAACUGGUUUACCUGGCUUACCUGGUGUCAAUGGAAUGAAAGGGGAUAAAGGAGAUGCAGGACUCCCAGGUCCUCAAGGUCCUUCUAUAAUUGGCCCUCCAGGGCCACCAGGGCCCCAUGGAUCCCCAGGACCUAUGGGUCCCCAUGGCUUUCCUGGACCAAAGGGUGAACCUGGUUUGCAUGGGGCAAAGGGUACUCGAGGAGAACCAGGACACAAAGGGGACCGUGGACCUCUGGGUCUCCCUGGAGCCUCCGGCUUGGACGGCAAGCCUGGAAUUAGGGGCAUGGAUGGGCCUCCAGGUCCUGCUGGUCCAGCUGGGCCGAAGGGGGAUAUUGGUGAGAAAGGAGCACCAGGUGAGCCAGGGCCAAGAGGACCCUAUGGACUACCUGGAGCUGCUGGAACACCAGGCUUGGAUGGGUUGCCAGGCUUAAGGGGAGAAAAAGGCGACGUUGGGGAAAGAGGAGAAAAGGGGGAGAAGGGAAAGAAGGGCAAAAAAGGGCCUAAGGGCGAGAAAGGAGAACAGGGUGCCCCAGGAUUAGAUGCACCCUGCCCAUUGGGCCCCGAUGGUUUACCAAUGCCUGGGUGCUGGCAGAAGUGAUCACUCUAACCUGAAACGCAUGGAGUUUGUAAAUAAUGCUUCUUUUACGGUAUUUAUAGUUUUUUAAUGGGAAAACAAGUCUAAAAGAAAAGAAGUCUGUGUGUACAAUGCUACAAAAAGAGAUAACUGUCCUCCCCCAACCCCACUGUCCGACCCCGCUGCAAGUUUCAUGCUCUUGGCUGCUUCUACUCACAUUGCCGUGUGGAAAAAAAACAACAACAAAAAAAACAAAAACCACGUGCGUCCGCUCUUUCACAUCCACGCCGUGGUGGAGCUCAGAUCCUCGGCUGGUGGCAGAACUUGUCUCUUUAGUCUUUGCAUGGCUCAGACUGGAGCGUCGCAGCCCGGCCAGAUUCACGGGGGGUGGUGAAAGGAGGCGUGGGAGGAGGAGGAAGUGGAUGAGGUGGGAUCUGGACUGGCUCCCUAACACCAAAACGCUAGGUGUUUCUGUGUUGCUUCGUCUCAACAACCUCACCACACUUUCAUGCAGCACCAUUCACUCAAAGACUAAAAGAAAAAAAAAAAGGACUGUACCAAGCAGAACAUUGCACCCCUGCCCUCCCCACUCCUGAAAAAGCAUGAGUAGUGUACUGAAACUAUAUUUAUAUGUAUUGUACAUACAUGUCACUGUUUUGUGGUUGCGUCAUGGCUUCUGCAGAAAAAACAACACUAACAAAAAAAAAGAAAAGCCUCUAGAGUUCUGAAUAAGUAAUUUUUUUUUGCUUUCCUUUAAUCUUCCCAAGGGAGUCACGCCAUGGCUGGUAGCCUGAAUGUCCCCCCAGAAAGUAAAGCUGUUGGUUAUUGUUGCUUUAUUGUGGUGAUGCCUGCAGAGGGUAUCAGCAGGUUUAUCACUGUUGCACUCAUGAGGCUCACUCAUUGUCAGUGCGGUGCCUCCAAACAGGUCUCUGGACAAGAGGGGAGGGGUAUGGGGUGGGUGGGUAUUGGGGGAGGUAAACUUGGCAAGCUCGCAGCACUGACAGGGAAACGAAUCAGCCUCACACGGAUUUGAGUUUGGACGGGCGUGCUCGGGAACCGUCUCCCAGCACGGGAACGGACUCUGCAGGAGAGCCUCCAGGAGUCUCGCGGAUCUUACGCCAAGAUCAGCAGGAGCGUCUCCCUCUCCUAACGGGCAAACGCGUGGUUUACCGAGAGCGUUGACAGAACGCGAUUGAUCACGUUUGUUUCUUUACUAUUUUUUAUCUCUUUCGUUUGUUGGUUUUUCACUCCCCCUCUCUCAUUUUUACACAUGGUUUGUAUUUUAUGUAUAAUAGCCUUUGGUGCCUCAAGCUUUUAUUCAUUCCUUUAUCAGAAAUGUACAACUUUGUAUCACAUUUUGAAUAAUUACGAUGAAGUUUGUUUUCUAUUUUCUUUUGUUUUUUUUGUUUUCCAGAAGGGAAAGCGUUGUAAGCUGUGGGAGGAUUGAAAAGCCGCACUGUUUUUCAUGUAUAUGUUUUUACAGGAUGUUGAAACCGCAUGUAGCUUCGAGCUUCACCUGAGCAUACAUUGAGAUUGCAUUCAUCUUAGUUGUACAGCCACUGAUCGGACUCACGGUUUUAAAGAAGCUCAGUAUUUGUACAAAGCACAUCCGAGCAUAGUCUGCAGAUAUGCUACUUUCUCAUUCUGGACUUGUACGGGAUAUUAUUUGUACAGUGUUGUCAGUUUGCUGCAUGUUCACAGUUUAUUACAUACGGAUUUCUUAAAUACUGAAAACAGGCAUCAGUUUGAGGAAGUGCAGAGCUUUGUUUAGUGGUCUUCAGUGAGAUUUAGCCGAACACACACAGUCCCUGGUAUUUCAGAUGAAGGCAGAUUGUGUUGAAUCUAGCCCGCCACACCGCUCUCUUCCACCUCACAUUGUCUUAAAUAUGUUGAAAAAAGUGUUACAAUGCAAGAAAAGCUAAAUUUGGCAUUUACCGCAAACUGGUCUCCUUCCAUUAGUUCACCGCAGUCUAACUGGUGGCCGGUUAACAUCACAUUCCUCAUCAGAUGGAGCAAAUCAAAAAAAGUGAAUGGAGCAGUAGGUUUAUUUUUCACCAUGGCUUAUACAUCCUUUCACGUUCCCUAUCUUUAUCUUGCCUUUUGACAUAGUAGGUGCUGUGUAGGGUUUUCUUCAACAUUAGAAUCGUUUGCUGUAAGAGCCGAUGGGAAACAAAGUAAAACAAACCUGUUGUGAAGCAGCAGCAGCCGCCAGUGGAUCCGAAAGGAUUUCCACCCACGUGGUUUCUGUGUGACGUACAGCUCAUCUCACCAUUUUAAAAGAAUGGAUGCACAUCAGUGUAGGUUCUUACGGUGCUACCUGAUAAGCAGGUCAACAGCAGUUGAUGCGCUCUAACAGUGGCGAGAACUACACGAGCAGUUUCUUUAUUGUUGUUGGAGUUUUAUGUGUGUAACAAUUUCAAGGUUUUUUUUUUUGUGCCUAUAUUUGUGUAUUUUUGUCUCAGUAUUUUAAGUGGUACAUUAUUUAUUUUUCUAUGAUUUCUUAAAUGAAGGCAUUUUGGUUCUGAACAGCAUUCCUUCCUGACGUGGGUUUCCGCCGUUCAUACGAAGAGUUUCGGGUCACGCUAAGGCAUCGCGAAGCUGCGAAGGAGCUCUGUAGUGGGGCGUCACAGAUCGGUGUGUAGUCACUGUGCAUUUACUUCAACUUAUAGGCCUUACCAUGACAUACAUCCGCUUUUAUUAAUUUUGUGUGUCAGAAAAAGCUAGUACUGAAGGCCUGAAUGUUGACGGGCACAGCCAAUGCAACAGUACACAGCUGAACAUGACCGCCUUUUUUCUCUCUCACGCUUUCUCUUUGCAUUGAAUGUAGUUUGAUAUAUGUAUAGUGGAUUAUUAAUGUACUGUGUGUGCUCAUUUGGCAUAAAGUGCAAUUUAUACUUUAGUUAAUGUGUGUAACGUCAAAUGCAGCUGAAUUAUCGCAUUAAAGUGAUUUCUGUAGCUACAUUUGUUCGGUCAUGCUACCCUUUAUACCACUACCUGGGGACAUUUAAAAAAAAAAACAAAAAAAAACUUUAUUCACCAGAAGACAAUGAAACAUAUGUAAACAUAUGUAAAAACCCUCAAAUUAGAUCAUAUUUUUUUGCUUAAAGUUGCCCCUUCACUUAUAUUUUUAAAGUGUUACUUCCACUGUGUCGUAUUUACUAUGUUUUUAUUCUCUGUUUUAAUUUCCAACCUUUGUUACAGUAUUUGUUCUCACAAGGUGCUGUAUUCUUAGCAUGUGCAGCUAAUUUUUUUAAAUAGACUUUUUUAUUUGAUUGAUUUUGUUUGAGUUUUGUGUUUAUUUGUUGAAGUUAAAGGUUUUUUUCCCCUGCUAUCAGCAGAAGUGCCAAACAGGUUAUUCCCGUAUGGGUGUUCACAGACCUGGCGACAAGUUUUAAGAAUCUGUAUUCUUGUGUUGUCGCAGAAAUGCCUCAUGUCAGUCAUUACAACAUGAGUGAGUAGGAGGAGGAGAAUGGGGAAGCAGCCACAGUGCUCUUCCUCCUUGAUGUUGUGAAAGACGCUGGUUUCUCAUGAGGACGUGUUGAUGCUCCAAUGCACAGCAGCCUUGCUGACGUAAUUCUGUUGCCACAUAAAUGCAGACUGUAGCAAAAGUUUUAAGAAAACUUCAUUCUGUGACUUAUUGGAGUUACGAUUAUAAUUUUGGGGGGGUUGUGGUAAAUGUUCAGUUUCUGCUCUGCAUUGGUAUUUCUUGUGUUUUUUGCCCACUUGGUUGACAUUUCUUUGAAGAGCCUUGUGUUCACUCACUAUAUUUCAAGUUGACAUUACAUAUGACUGUACUGUUGGAGCCAAAUAAACACAGUCUUUCAAAUACACUAAA